AAUAAAAAAAUACUAGAACGUAGUAUACUCUCUUGUCAAAAUGACCCCUCUCAUAAAAACCUUCUUGUUUUCUCUCGUCACUCUCUCCUUCACCUAUACACAAGCAGCAACAUUCGACAUCACAAACAGAUGCGGCUACACCGUAUGGGCCGCUGCCGUACCGGGCGGUGGUAAACAAUUGACCACGGGUCAAACAUGGACCAUCAACGUCCCUGCAGGUACCAAAGCUGCUCGUAUUUGGGCCCGAACUGGAUGCAGUUUCGAUGGUUCAGGUCGCGGUCGAUGCCAAACUGGUGACUGUGGCGGACUACUUAAUUGUCAAGCUUAUGGUACACCUCCAAACACACUGGCGGAAUAUGCUUUAAACCAAUACAUGAAUUUGGACUUUUUUGACAUUUCUCUCGUGGAUGGAUUCAACGUUCCAAUGGAUUUUAGUCCAACGUCUAAUGGUUGUACACGUGGCAUACAAUGUAAGGCUGAUGUUAAUGGACAAUGUCCUAGUCAGCUUAAAACACAAGGGGGUUGUAACAAUCCAUGUACGGUUUUUAAAACCGAUAAUUACUGUUGUAAUUCUGGUAAUUGUGGGCCCACCGAUUAUUCAAAAUAUUUUAAGGGUAAGUGUCCUGAUGCUUAUAGUUACCCAAAGGAUGAUGCCACAAGUACAUUCACUUGCAAUGGUGGAACCAAUUACAAGGUUGUCUUUUGCCCAUGAAGUGAUGAACAUGAACCAUGAAUGCGUACACUAAAUAUAGAGAAUAAAUUGAAAAAGGGAAAGGUGCAUGAUGUGUGUGCACUUUAAUUGUGAGCUUAUCUAUAUAUGAUGAACAAAUCUAAAUGAUGUAUGUUUGAGAUCAUUAUAAAUAAAUUUUCAUGAAAUUAAGAAAAAAA